AUGAAGGAGCAAACUCCAGCAGCCAGCGUGGAUGAAAUUUUCACAAAAUCCAGUGUUGCUGUCACUCUCAAGGUACAUUUUUUUGUUUUUGUUUUUUGUUUAAUUUUCUUUUAUGAAUUCGGAUCUCACGAAAUCCUCUCCCAGUUCGAGGACGUCGCGUACGAGCUCAAACAAAGAAGAAUCCUGAAAGGCAUAUCCGGCGCGGUGAUUCCCGGCGAGAUCCUAGCCAUGCUUGGCCCUUCCGGCAGCGGCAAAACCACCCUCCUCACCGCCCUCGCCGGCCGCCUCUCCGGCAGCCGUCUCUCCGGCACCAUCACCUACAACGGCCGGCCCUUCUCCUCCGCCACCAAGCGUGCCACGGGCUUCGUCACCCAAGACGACGUCCUCCACCCUCACUUAACCGUGGGCGAAACUCUCGUCUACACGGCCCUAUUACGCCUCCCGAGCAGCCUAACCUCGGCCGAGAAGGCGCGCCACGCGGCCUCCGUGGGAGCCCGUCUCGGGCUCACGAGGUGCUGGGACAGCAUCGUCGGGGGCCCGCUCACGAGGGGCGUCUCGGGAGGGGAGAGGAAGCGCGUGAGCAUCGGGCAGGAGAUGCUCGUGAACCCGGGCCUUCUUCUGCUCGACGAGCCCACUUCGGGCCUCGACUCGACGAACGCGUCGAGGCUCGUCUCGACGACCCUGCGCGGGCUGGCCGACGGGGGGAGGACUGUCGUGAUGACGAUCCACCAGCCGUCGAGUAGGAUCUUCUACGAGUUUGAUAAGGUCCUUCUGUUGUGCGAUGGGAGUCCUUUGUUUUUUGGGAAGGGCUCGGACGCGCUCGGUUAUUUCUCGGGAGUCGGGUUUGCUCCGAACGUCGCCAUGAAUCCGGCCGACUUCUUGUUGGAUCUUGCGAAUGGUGUUUCGACGUCGAAUGUGGAUUCGGACGAGGGUCGAGCUGAGAUUCAGAAGACGUUGGUGGCGGCUUACAUGACAAAUCUCUCGGAUAGCGAAAUAAAUGUUGCGGAUGACGACGGAAGUAGUUUGCGUUUCUCACGAAAGGAGCCAAUAAGUACGCGGUGGCCAAACAGUUGGUGGUUACAAUUCUCGGUUUUGUUUACGAGAGGGAUCAAAGAAAGGAGGCACGACGCGUUUUCCAUCCUCAAGGUCGUCGAGGUUCUUGUCGUGGCUAUCAUGAGCGGUCUAAUCUGGUGGCAAUCCAACACCAGUCACUUACAAGACCAGGUCGGGCUUUUCUUCUUCUACUCGUCGUUUUGGGGCUUCUACCCUCUAUUUCAAGCUAUCUUCACUUUCCCUCAAGAAUGCACGAUACUCUCCAAGGAAAGGUCUUCCGGCAUGUACCGAUUGUCGUCCUACUUCAUGGCUCGAACUCUUGGUGACUUGCCAAUGGAGUUAGUCCUUCCCGCGGUAGCCUACACCAUAACCUAUUGGAUGGCGGGUCUCAAGGCCAAAAUAGGAUCCUUUUUGUUGGGCCUACUCGUUCUCUUAUACAGCGUGAUGUGUACUCAAGGGCUCGGUCUUGCACUUGGUGCAGUCGUCAUGGACUCGAAAUCGGCCAUUACGCUUGGGUCGGUUAUCAUGCUCACCUCUCUGUUGUCUAGCGGCUACUAUGCUCAGCACGUGCCUAGAUUUGUGGGCUGGAUCAAAUACAUCUCAAUUCCUCAGUACACGUACAAGUUACUUUUGGCUUCCCAAUACGCGCCUGGCGAGACAUAUCCUUGUGCUGCUAACAAGACUUGUCGAGUUGAGGAUUUCCCGGCGAUAGCAACUGUUGGGCUCGAUGGUUUGGUCGUGUCUGUCAUCACUAUGGCUGUGUUGCUUGUGGGGUAUCGGCUCAUAGCUUAUAUUUCCCUCAUGAGGAUUGGUGUCACUAGGAAUUAG